AUGCUGUUGAUGCACUUUGACCGGCCAGGGAGACCAGAAAUCACUUUCUAUGUGAAAGAUGUGGCCAAACCAAGUCCAGGAGAUGGUGAAGUCCUCCUGAAGGUGACAGCCAGCACCCUAAACAGGGAUGACAUACUCCAGUACCUAGGGAUUCCAAUGUAUGUCCCACCCACAGGAGCCAGUAGCAUUUUGGAACUUGGGGCAUUGGGACAUGUGGCUGAGCUGGAGCCUGGCUGCUAAGGACACUGGAAGACUGGAGAUUUGGCCAUGGCUCUGCUGCCUGGUGGAAGCCAAGCUCAGUACAUCACUGUCCCUGAAGAUCACCUUGUACCUAUCCCAGCCUGAGUGUCUCAAGCUGCAGCCACCCCAGAGGUCUGGAACAUCACCUUUCAGAUGUUAUUUCUAGUAGGCCAUGUUCAGGCUGGAGGCUCUGUGCUGAUUUGCAGAGGAUCAAGUGGAGUGGGCACAGCUGUCAUCCAGCUGGCUUUGGGUGCUGGCACUAUUCCAGUGGUUAGAGCUGGCUUCCAGCACAAGCUUCAAAGGGCAGGAAAGCUUGUGGCUGCAGCUGGAUUCAAUUAUAGAGAAGAGUUUUCUAAAACAACUCUUAAGUUCACUAAAGGUCUUGGUGUAGUUAUUCUCUCCUGCUGAGGUAGAUCCUAUUGGGAGAAGAAUGUCAACUGCCUGGCUCUUGAUGGUCGCUGGGUUCUCUGUGGUUUAAUAGGAAGAGGUGUUGUUAGUUUUAGUGGACCCCUGUUUUUAAAACUACUUUUUAAACAAGGAAGUCCAAUCACUCAUUUGUUGAGAUGUAGGGAUAAUAAAAAACUUUCACGGAUCUUCUCUACGGGCAGCCCCCAACGUCUGCUGCCGGGUCUGGAUAGAGUCUACCCGGCAACUGAUAGUCAAGUGGAACAUGUGGAGGCUAACAGGAGCGCGGGUAAAAUCGUCUUGGAGCUGCCCCAGUGAAGUAGGACCUCAGAGCAAAUUUAGGAGUGGGCUCUCUUCCCAAGUCCGCUCCUGUAAAUCUGGUCUAAGGAAAUAAAAAGGUGUAUGGG